AACGCUAUAAUUCACGGCGGCACAAAAUUCUAGUCGCUGAUUGCUCUCCAUUCACCGGAAGUUUAGAGUCAGUCACUGUUGCGUAUAUUAGUGACAAUCAUGGUUCGAUUGUUGCAGCCUAAACACAUGGUACAAGCUGUGAAUGCUUUGCAUUGGCGAAACUCUGUGGAAUUUCAUAAGCUGCUUAAAGAUAAUGGAGAUUUCUCUAUUUGCUUUAACUCUGAUCAAGGGUUACCACAAAAGAUUAGUGUUGAGAAAAUGGUGAAAAUGUUACCUCGGCAUCUCAUUGCGGUGGUUAUGACUCCUAAUAAAGAUGGAAAGUCUCGAUAUAUAUUGUGUGGGAUCAGACUGUUGCAGACGUUGUGCGACUUAACACCUCGUAACGCGAAACUCGAGCAGGUCUUGCUUGACGAUGUGAAAUUAUCAGCACAGAUGAUUGAUCUGGUGAUUAUUGUGAUAAUAGCUCUUGGCCGUAACAGAAAGGAAAGCUGCAAUUCGAAUAAAGAAUCGUUACUAGAGGCUACAUUGGUGGCUUCUUGUCUCCACCUGUUUCAUGGGUUUAUCUCUCCUAACUCCCAAGAUCUUGUUCUCGUCUUGCUUGCCCACCCAAGGGUUGAUGUGUUUAUAGACAGUGCUUUUGGAGCUGUUCUCAAUGUUGUGAUAUCUUUGAAAGCGAAGUUGCUGUAUCGACAAACUGACUCCCCAAAAAGGUUAGGUGCAAGUUCUGUAGAGGAGGUCAACUUCCACUGCCAACAAGCUGAAGCUGCUUUGCAGUUCCUUCAUUCUCUCUGCCAACACAAACCGUUUAGAGAACGUGUCGCUAAAAACAAGGAGCUAUGUGGAAAAGGUGGCGUUCUUAGGCUAGCUCAAUCCAUACUAUCACUAGCUAUUACACCUGAAUUUGUUGGAGCAACCAUAACUAUAGCUUCCACAUCUAGAAUGAAAGCAAAAGUCCUUUCACUUUUGCAGCAUUUGUUUGAGGCAGAAAGUGUCUCAUUCCUUGACGAGGUUGCAAAUGCAGGAAACUUGCAAUUAGCCAAAACUAUUGCCUCAGAGGUUCUUAAAUUACUGAGGCUUGGCCUUUCUAAAGCUUCCAUGGCUACUGCUUCUCCUGACUACCCGAUGGGUUUUGUGCUACUUAACGCUAUGCGCUUGGCUGACGUGCUCACGGAUGAUUCAAAUUUUCGAUCUUUUUUCACUGAACAUUUUAGCAUGGUUCUCAGUGCGGUAUUUUGUCUCUCUCAUGGAGAUUUCUUGUCAAUGUUGUGCUCUUCUGAUCUUUCUUCAAGGGAGGAUGAUGCGAAUGUUGAUUACGAUCUGUUUAAGUCAGCCGGAUGGGUUUUAAGUAUAUUUUCAUCUUCUGGGCAAUCAGUCACACCUCAAUUCAAGCUCAGUUUACAAAAUAACCUUACCAUGUCUUCAUAUGCACACCAACGAACAUCCUUAUUUAUUAAAAUGAUCGCGAAUCUUCACUGUUUCGUUCCCAACGUCUGCGAAGAACAGGAUAGGAACCGUUUCAUUCAGAAUGUUAUGAGUGGAUUGCGAAAAGAUCCUUCAAGCAUAUUGAUUAAGAUGUUACCAGGCUCUUCAUAUACUCCAGUGGCACAGAGAGGCACUGGUGUUUGCAGGAACCUAGGUUCUCUGUUGCGCCAUGCAGAAUCCUUAAUCCCUAGUUCCCUCAAUGAGGAAGAUUUCCUGCUUUUGAGGGUGUUUUGUGACCAGUUGCAACCGCUAAUCCAUUCCGAAUUUGAGGAAAGUCAAGUACAGGUGAAGGAUAUUGAAGGUACGGGAGGGAAUUUAUCUGGUAAGCAGCAGAGAAAAGAGCUUCUGAAUCUGAACAAUGAGGAAGCUUCAGAGAAUUGUGAUGUCCGAGUUGAAGGUAUGAUAACAAAGCAAGGCGUGAAUGAGGAGGUGGACACAGUUGACCGAUUAAAAGAAAGCGAUGCAGAUGCGAGCAAUCUUGAAACCAGUGGUUCAGAUACAAGCUCUAACAGAGGGAAGGGUCUGGUUGAAGAUGGAGAGUUGGUUCAGAAUAUGAGCAAGCGGUUUAAAGGCAGUGCGUCAGGAGAGGUGAAGGAGGAUGAGAAAUCUGAAACCUUCCUUGUCUUUGAGAAGCAGAGGACGAAACGGAAGCGUAGUAUUAUGAAUGAUGAUCAAACGGGGAUGAUCGAGAAGGCGCUUGCUGAUGAACCUGAUAUGCAGCGGAAUUCAGCUUCGAUACAGUUAUGGGCUGAUAAAUUAAGUCAAAAGGGUUCGGAGGUUAUUACAUCUUCGCAGCUGAAAAACUGGCUGAAUAACCGAAAAGCGAAACUAGCUCGAGCAAACAAGCAAACGGGGACAGUUCGGGAUAAUAACAGCUCAGGGGAAUUACCGGAGAGCCCUGGAGAUGAAAACACUUGGCAGCAGAAACCAUCAACACCAUUUAAAGAUCAGACUGCAUCUAAAACCCCGAAAACAGGAGAGAAUCUGUUGAGAUCAUCGUCAUCAUCAGAAGAAGUGAUAAAGCAAGGGCAACAAGUGAGGCUUAUGGACGAGAGAGGAGACGAGAUAGGGAAAGGAAUGGUGUUGAGAACAGACGGUGAAUGGUACGGUUUAAGCCUGGAGACGAGACAGAUUUGUGUAGUUGAUGUAAUGGAGCUUAGUGAGUCAUAUGAUUGGAGCAAAAAGAUGAUCCCUUAUGGAUCUGAUGAUGUUGGUAGGACUUUCACAGAGGCGAAUUCGAGGUUUGGAGUUAUGAGAGUGGCUUGGGAUGUGAAUAAGCUUCAGUUUCGUUUUCUCAAUUCUCUGGUUCUUUUUUUGGCUGUUGCGGGAUCGAUUUAUACGCGUAAAGUGAUUUCCAUGGGCUCGAAACCUUGGCUACAUCCAGCUCCUCAAUAUAAAACCCUAGAAACCUUUUGGGAUGAUGAAGACGAUGCUCCUGGUCCUAGAUGCGCUCAUACACUUACGGCCGUUGCAGCUACCAAGACUCACGGUCCUCGACUUAUACUCUUCGGCGGCGCCACCGCUAUUGAGGGCGGAAGUUCUUCAGUUCCUGGGAUCAGGUUAGCUGGUGUUACCAAUUCGGUGCAUUCUUAUGAUGUUCUCACUAGGAAGUGGACAAGGCUUAAACCGGCUGGUGAGCCUCCAUCUCCUAGAGCUGCUCACGCCGCAGCUGCAGUUGGCACCAUGGUCGUUUUUCAGGGUGGCAUUGGCCCGGCGGGGCAUUCUACUGAUGAUCUUUACGUUCUUGACAUGACUAAUGAUAAGUUCAAGUGGCACAGGGUGGUGGUUCAAGGGGAUGGUCCAGGCCCUCGCUAUGGCCAUGUUAUGGAUCUAGUUUCUCAGAGGUAUCUUGUUACAGUCACUGGAAAUGAUGGGAAACGAGCUCUUUCUGACGCUUGGGCCCUGGAUACAGCUCAGAAACCAUAUGUAUGGCAGAGAUUGAACCCAGAUGGUGACCGGCCAAGUGCUAGAAUGUAUGCUUCUGGCAGUGCUCGUUCUGAUGGCAUGUUUUUGCUCUGCGGGGGAAGAGACACCUUGGGAGCGCCGUUGGGAGAUGCUUAUGGGCUGCUAAUGCAUAGAAAUGGUCAGUGGGAGUGGACUCUGGCUCCAGGUGUAGCUCCUUCUCCAAGAUAUCAACAUGCAGCGGUUUUUGUAGGUGCAAGAUUACAUGUCAGUGGUGGUGUGCUGAGAGGAGGCCGUGUAAUAGACGCUGAAGCAUCUGUUGCAGUGCUUGAUACUGCUGCCGGUGUAUGGUUGGAUAGAAAUGGGCAAGUUACUUCUGCACGCGGAAUUAAGGGACAAAUCGAUCAAGAUCCGUCUUUUGAACUUAUGCGACGCUGUCGCCAUGGCGCCGCAUCAGUUGGCAUCCGGAUCUAUGUGCAUGGUGGUCUAAGAGGAGAUGUGUUACUUGACGAUUUUCUAGUUGCUGAAAAUUCAACAUUCCAGUCAGACAUCAGUUCUCCUUUGCUAGCAUCAGAUAGAACCCAACAAAGUUCUACUCCCAGGUUUUCUUAUGCCGCACGACCUCCGUCAGGCUCUGAACCAACCUUUGCCAUGUCUGAGGGACUGAGCUUGGAUGAAAAUUCAUUGGAGAAAUUGACGGAGGCUUCUGCAGCUGAAGCAGAGGUAGCUAGUUCUGUUUGGCGAGCUGCACAACUAGGAUCUGGUUCUCUGGAUGAAGAACCCUCUACCUCUGAUGCCAGCUCGCCAACUGUAGAAACUACUACUGAUGAUACCUCAAAUGAAGGAGAUGUCAGGCUUCAUCCGAGAGCUGUUGUGGUAGCAAAAGAGACGGUUGGCAGUCUGGGCGGCAUGGUAAGACAGCUAAGCUUGGAUCAGUUUCAGAAUGAGAGCCGGCGGAUGGUUCCCAUGAAUAAUAGCGAUGUGCCACAACCUACCAAGAAGUUCACGAGACAGAAGUCUCCGCAAGGCCUGCAUAAAAAGGUCAUUGCUGCUUUGUUGAGACCUCGAAACUGGAAACCUCCUGGCAAUAGGAAGUUUUUCUUGGAUUCUUACGAAGUUGGGGAACUCUGUUAUGCUGCCGAACAAAUAUUUAUGCAUGAACAAACGGUUCUUCAGCUAAAAGCUCCUAUCAAAGUCUUUGGCGAUCUCCAUGGGCAAUUUGGCGAUUUAAUGCGUUUAUUUGAUGAAUAUGGAUUUCCCUCAACAGCUGGAGACAUCACGUAUAUUGACUAUUUAUUUUUGGGAGAUUACGUUGACCGAGGACAACACAGCCUGGAGACUAUAACUUUGCUGCUUGCAUUGAAGAUUGAAUAUCCGGAGAAUGUUCACUUGAUUCGUGGAAAUCACGAGGCUGCUGACAUUAAUGCACUAUUUGGUUUUCGUCUUGAAUGCAUAGAAAGAAUGGGAGAGAAUGAUGGCAUCUGGGCAUGGACAAGAUUUAAUCAACUUUUUAAUUAUCUUCCUCUCGCUGCACUAAUCGAGAAUAAAAUUAUAUGUAUGCAUGGUGGAAUUGGGAGGUCAAUCAGUACAGUGGAACAGAUUGAGAAAAUCGAAAGGCCCAUAACAAUGGAUGCUGGAUCCCUUGUUCUUAUGGAUUUAUUAUGGUCUGAUCCUACAGAGAACGAUAGUAUCGAGGGUUUAAGACCAAACGCCAGAGGACCUGGUCUUGUCACGUUUGGGCCUGAUAGAGUCACAGAAUUCUGUAAGAGGAAUAAACUACAGUUAAUUAUCAGGGCCCAUGAAUGUGUAAUGGAUGGAUUCGAAAGAUUUGCACAGGGACAGUUGAUUACGCUUUUCUCCGCCACAAAUUACUGCGGAACUGCGAACAAUGCGGGAGCUAUAUUGGUGGUUGGCAGAGGAUUGGUGAUUGUUCCUAAGUUGAUUCAUCCUCUUCCACCUCCCAUCUUAUCUCCAGAGAAUUCUCCAGAACAUUCUGGAGACGACGCUUGGAUGCAGGAGCUGAAUAUCCAGAGACCGCCGACUCCAACACGAGGCAGGCCACAACCAGAUUUUGACAGAAGCUCGCUUGCAUACAUCUGAACCUGAUUGCAUUCCCGGUUUCUGCUUCCAGUUCAUGAAGUCAACAAUUAUUGGAUUUUGGUAAAACUCUAUACAAGUAUAGUAAGAUUUAUGUUUAAAAAUUUGCAGUGUUCGUAUACUCUGCCGCACAUGUGUAAUAUAACCCACUAUACCAC